AGGGCAUCACUGGAUUCAGCUAUAAGCAAAACUACAACUUAUACUAAAAUAAGGAUCAAUAAGCAGUCUGACUUACCAGUCAGACCCCUAAGUCUUCCUGGUUGUUGCUCAAAUGUAGACAAGUAAUUGUGGCCAAGUCAAACUGAAGCUGCUGUCUGGUAGGAUGGUGUAGGCCAUCAGCAACAGAGUUUUUCUGCUGCAACCACCAAGAGAGCAGCUUGACUGUCAACAUGACUUCAAGCAAAAAAGGGGAAGAGAUGUUCCACCAAACACUGUGGAGAUGUUUGCUGAGCACUUUCAGAGGGGCACAGUAUGCCAGUAACAGAAAGACCACUUCCUCCACUGACACUCCAGCACUCUGGUCAGAAAGCCACACCCAUCUGCACCAGCUCCACUCACCAGAGCCCCUGCAGGCUCCUGCUAGCACCGGCAGGCCCGUCGGCUCUUCUUACGGCCUCCUUGGGGCCAACAGUGGCAUUCAGGGCCCUGGUGGUGCUGCUGCCAGUGUCAGCCCGGUCCUUGCUUGGCAUGCUGCCAUUACUGCUGCACGGCAAGCACAGGAUGAUGUUGAAAAGCCCGAGAUAAAUUCACGUCCCUCAGUUUGCACCACCGUACCAGCUCCUGUUGGCUCUCUGGCACAGAGGAAGAGACAGCAGUAUGCCAAAAGCAAAAAGCAAGGAGGAUCUACCAACAGCAGGCCGCCCAGAGCUCUGUUCUGCCUCACCCUCAACAACCCCAUCCGCAGGGCCUGCAUUAGCCUGGUGGAGUGGAAACCAUUUGAUAUCUUUAUACUGCUGUCUAUUUUUGCCAACUGUGUGGCCUUAGCCAUCUACAUCCCCUUUCCUGGAGAUGACUCCAAUUCUACCAACCAAGAACUGGAAAAAGUAGAAUAUGCCUUCCUGAUUAUUUUCACGAUAGAAACAUUUCUAAAGAUUAUUGCCUAUGGCUUGGUCAUGCACCAAAACUCCUACGUCAGAAAUGGCUGGAACAUGUUGGACUUUGUCAUCGUCAUAGUGGGGUUGUUCAGUGUGGUUCUGGAGAUGAUAACCAAAGACGCUGACUCUGGCAGCCAGUCUGGGGGCAAACCCGGGGGGUUUGAUGUCAAGGCCCUCCGAGCCUUUCGAGUGCUAAGACCCCUUCGCCUUGUUUCUGGAGUUCCCAGUUUACAAGUGGUUUUAAACUCCAUUAUUAAAGCCAUGGUUCCCCUGCUGCACAUCGCUCUGCUGGUCCUCUUCGUAAUUAUUAUCUAUGCCAUCAUUGGCCUCGAGCUCUUCAUUGGAAAAAUGCAUGCCACAUGCUACAUGACCCAAACAGGUGCCCUUGCAGAAGAAGAGCCCACGCCAUGUGCGGUAUCAGGGCAUGGCCGACAUUGCCUGCUCAAUGGCACAGCUUGCAGAGAGGGCUGGCAAGGCCCCAACAAUGGCAUCACCAACUUUGACAAUUUUUUGUUUGCCAUGCUCACUGUGUUUCAGUGCAUCACGAUGGAAGGCUGGACCGACGUUCUUUAUUGGAUGAACGAUGCAAUGGGCUUUGAGCUGCCAUGGGUCUACUUUGUCAGUCUGGUUAUCUUUGGCUCCUUCUUUGUUCUUAACUUGGUUUUGGGUGUGUUGAGUGGAGAGUUUUCAAAAGAACGAGAAAAGGCCAAGGCCCGAGGUGAUUUCCAGAAGCUGCGUGAGAAGCAGCAGUUAGAAGAAGACCUAAAAGGUUACCUGGACUGGAUCACACAGGCUGAAGAUAUUGACCCCGAGAAUGAGGAAGAGGGAGAUGAAGAGGGCAAACGUAAUCCAAGCAUGCCCACGAGUGAGACAGAAUCUGUGAACACAGAGAAUCACAAUGGACAGGAGGAAAAAUCACCAUGCUGUGGACCACUGUGUCAAAAAAUCACUAAGUCAAAGUGCAGUCGUCAGUGGCGGCGGUGGAACCGUUUCUCCCGCAGGAAGUGCCGUGCAGCUGUGAAAUCAGUGACAUUUUAUUGGCUGGUCAUCAUCUUGGUGUUCCUCAACACUCUCACCAUCUCCUCUGAGCACUACAACCAGCCGGAGUGGCUAACCGAAGUUCAGGAUGUAGCCAACAAAGUUCUCCUGGCCUUGUUCACCUUGGAGAUGCUGGUGAAGAUGUACAGUUUAGGCCUACAGGCCUAUUUUGUUUCCCUUUUUAACCGCUUUGACUGUUUUGUGGUAUGUGGAGGCAUCAUAGAGACCAUCUUGGUGGAACUGGCCAUCAUGUCGCCUCUUGGCAUCUCAGUUUUCCGCUGCGUACGCCUUCUCAGAAUCUUUAAAGUUACACGGCAUUGGGCGUCUCUUAGCAACCUGGUGGCCUCUCUGCUCAACUCCAUGAAGUCCAUUGCCUCUUUGUUGCUGCUGCUCUUCCUCUUCAUAAUUAUUUUCUCCCUGCUUGGGAUGCAGCUCUUUGGGGGCAAGUUCAACUUUGAUGAGACUGUGACCAAACGGAGCACAUUUGAUAACUUUCCACAGGCCCUGCUCACUGUGUUUCAGAUCCUGACAGGAGAAGACUGGAACACUGUGAUGUAUGACGGUAUAAUGGCAUAUGGUGGUCCAGCUUCGUCUGGAAUGGUGGUCUGCAUUUACUUCAUCAUCCUCUUCAUCUGUGGAAACUACAUCCUGCUAAACGUCUUCUUGGCCAUCGCUGUUGAUAACCUGGCAGAUGCAGAGAGCCUCAACACAGCACAGAAGGAGGAAGAAGAGGCCAAAAAGAGGAAGAAUAGUGCCAAGGAUGCAGGGGUAGAUAAGAAGAGAGUUGAACUAACAGAAGCAAAGGAUGGUGAGACCAAGGUGCCGACAGAAGCCUUGUUAGAGGCGGAGAAGGAGUUGUAUCCUGUCACUGACUCUCCAGGGGCAGAUAAUGAAGAAGAUGAUGAUGGUAAUGACAAACUCCCAGAAGUCCCCUUAGGGCCCCGCCCUCAGAGGAUCUCUGAACUCAGCAUUAAAGAAAAGACUCCACCUAUCCCAGAGGGCAGCGCCUUCUUCAUCUUCAGUAGCACCAACCCAUUUCGUGUAUUCUGCCAUAAGCUGAUCAACCAUCAGAUCUUCACCAACCUCAUCCUGGUCUUCAUCAUGCUCAGUUCAGUGUCGCUGGCUGCUGAGGACCCCAUACGCAACUUCUCUGCUCGCAACAUUAUCCUAGGCUAUGCAGACUAUGUCUUCACUAGUAUGUUUACAUUUGAGAUCCUUAUUAAGAUGACAGCAUUUGGAGCUUUCCUUCAUAAAGGAGCGUUUUGCAGGAACUACUUCAACCUACUGGAUCUGCUAGUUGUUGGUGUGUCUCUGGUUUCCUUCGGCAUUCAGUCCUCUGCUAUCUCAGUGGUGAAGAUCCUCCGUGUUUUACGAGUUCUCCGUCCACUCAGGGCCAUCAACAGAGCCAAGGGACUUAAGCAUGUGGUACAGUGUGUAUUUGUGGCCAUCAGGACCAUUGGCAACAUCAUGAUCGUCACCACUUUGCUCCAGUUCAUGUUUGCUUGUAUCGGAGUUCAGCUAUUCAAGGGUAAAUUCUAUCGAUGCACUGAUGAUGCGAAGUCGAGUCCAGAGGAGUGCAAGGGGACAUACAUUCUCUAUAACAAUGGGGACACAGCACUGCCCAUGGUUAAAGAGAGGAUCUGGUACAACAGUGACUUCAACUUUGACAAUGUCCUCAUGGCCAUGAUGGCUCUUUUCACCGUCUCCACCUUUGAAGGGUGGCCCACUUUGUUGUACAAGGCUAUUGACUCUAACAGAGAGAACAUGGGCCCCAUCUACAACUACCGUGUUGAGAUAUCCAUCUUCUUCAUCAUCUAUAUCAUCAUCAUUGCCUUCUUCAUGAUGAACAUCUUUGUAGGUUUUGUCAUCGUUACCUUUCAGGAGCAGGGAGAGAAGGAGUACAAAAACUGUGAGCUGGAUAAGAACCAGCGUCAGUGUGUGGAGUAUGCACUUAAAGCUCGGCCUCUGCGCCGCUACAUUCCCAAAAAUCCUUACCAGUACAAAUUCUGGUAUGUGGUCAAUUCCACCGGCUUUGAGUAUGUCAUGUUUGUCCUAAUCAUCCUCAACACCCUGUGUCUGGCCAUUCAGCACCAUGGCCAAUCUCAUCUCUUUAACUAUGCCAUGGACAUCCUCAACAUGGUCUUCACUGGAGUUUUCACUGUCGAGAUGAUUUUUAAGCUCAUUGCGUUCAAACCCAGAGGCUAUGUCGGGGAUGCCUGGAAUGUCUUCGAUGCUCUGGUGGUGAUUGGCAGUGUAGUCGACAUCAUACUCAGCCAGUCGGCAGCCAUUCCUGUUGUGAAGGUGAUAGUGGAACCAGGGAAUACAGAAGACAGUGCUCGCAUCUCCAUCACUUUCUUCCGCCUGUUCAGAGUAAUGCGACUGGUCAAACUGCUGAGCAGGGGGGAGGGAAUCAGGACUCUGCUGUGGACCUUCAUUAAAUCCUUCCAGGCUCUUCCCUAUGUCGCUCUGCUGAUCGCCAUGCUGUUCUUCAUCUACGCUGUAAUUGGAAUGCAGGUCUUUGGUAAAAUAGCAAUGGUGGAUGGAACACAAAUCAACCGCAACAACAACUUUCAAACCUUUCCCCAAGCUGUCCUGAUGCUCUUCAGGUGUGCCACAGGGGAGGCCUGGCAGGAGAUCAUGCUGGCCUGUCUGCCAGGGAAGCUGUGUGACUCGGAGUCGGACUACAACCCUGGAGAGGAGAGAACCUGUGGCAGCAACUUUGCUAUUAUCUACUUCAUCAGCUUCUACAUGCUUUGUGCUUUCCUGAUCAUCAACCUCUUUGUAGCAGUUAUCAUGGAUAACUUUGAUUACCUGACCCGUGAUUGGUCCAUUCUUGGACCGCACCAUCUGGAUGAGUUUAAAAGGAUCUGGUCUGAAUAUGAUCCAGAAGCCAAGGGCAGAAUAAAACAUCUGGAUGUGGUAACUUUGUUGAGGAGGAUCCAACCUCCACUGGGCUUCGGCAAGCUCUGCCCUCACAGAGUUGCUUGUAAGCGACUUGUGGCGAUGAACAUGCCCCUCAACAGUGACGGGACUGUAAUGUUUAAUGCUACAUUGUUUGCUCUGGUCCGCACCGCUCUGAAGAUCAAAACUGAGGGUAACUUGGACCAAGCCAACGAGGAGCUCAGAGCUGUGAUCAAGAAAAUCUGGAAGAGGACAAGCAUGAAGCUGUUGGAUCAAGUGGUCCCUCCUGCAGGCGAUGACGAGGUAACAGUGGGGAAGUUCUAUGCCACCUUCCUGAUACAGGACUACUUCAGAAAAUUCAAGAGGCGCAAAGAGCAAGGUCUUGUGGGAAGGCGGUCGUGGGAGAAGCUCAACACCACCUUGGCUCUACAGGCUGGCCUGCGCACGCUGCAUGACAUUGGACCAGAGAUCCGUCGAGCCAUAUCAUGUGACUUACAGGAGGAGGGACUGGUAGACGUGACUGGAGAGGAGGAGGAAGAAAUUUACAGGCGUAAUGGUGGCCUUUUUGGUAACCAUGUCAACCAUGUUGGUGGGGAUCAGCAAGGCUCAUCUCACCCUACCACUGUCACUCAGCGGCCGCUACAGAUCCUCCCCUUCUCCUGCAGUGCCUCCAUUGCAGCCACCCAGAUUGGCAGGAAGUCCGGCAGCAGCGACAGAGAGGGCGAGACAGAGAUGAACUCUUCACCCAUCCAAUAUAAUCAUCAUCAUCACACCUCUCUUCCACAUGAUUUCCCUCACUGUAAUUCCACUUGUCCUCAAUCGCCAAUACCCUCCAAUGCCAACCUCAACAAUGCCAACGUGCCCGCACUUCUCUCCAUGACCUCUGUGAGGCAGCAGAAGUGUUUACUACGAAGCCGCCCAUCCUCCACCAGAAAUCCAUCUUCCACCACUUACAGCAAAGGCGUGCACAACAAGCCGUGGAAGUCACACUCCACAAGGACACGCUACUAUGAAGCCUAUGUUAGGUCACAAAGAGGUAGAGGACUUCAUCCCACCAUCCGUCGAGAGGAGCCAGGGGGCGGAGACAGUGAUGAUGAGCGGGGUUCAGGAGAAUACUUUAGUGGGGAGGAAUUUCAUGAGGAUGACAUCAUGCUCACAAAGGACAGAUUGUCCAACACGGACUAUAAUGAUGAUGGAGAGGGGGAUUAUUACCUGUCCACAGAUGACUACCAGCCUGAUAGUUAUUAUGACAAUGACAAACAACCCAUCUGUCAAGAUGGCAGACGGUCACCCAGGAGAUGGUUUUUACCGUCACCCCAAGCCUCCCACUCCCCUACGUUCAGUUUUGAAUGUCUUCGCAGAAAAAGUAGUAUAGAUGACCCUCCUUCUCCAUCAUGCACAGCUCUUCCACUACACCUAAUGCAGCAACAGGUGAUGGCGGUGGCCGGUCUAGAUGCCAGCAAACUUCACCGGUUAUCUCCGACAAGGUCACUGCGAUCUUGGGCCACUCCCCCUGCCUCCCCCAUCAGUCGUGACUGCUCGCCCGGCUAUACACCUCUAAUACAGGUGGACUGGCGAGGUCCCGGCAGUGUGGGCAGCCUCCCUGGAGCAGUGAAGAGGAGUUCGUGGUACACAGAUUGCCAUGAUGGCUCUCAAAGCCGCAGCCACUCCCCGUCACGUCUGCAGCUACCUGCAGAAAGAGUCUCAUACUUCCAGCAAAAGAGAGGCAGUGCCAACAGUCUGGUGGAAGCAGUGUUGAUCUCUGAGGGUUUGGGAAAAUACGCCAGAGACCCCAAGUUUGUCUCAGCCACCAAACACGAGAUUGCAGAUGCCUGUGAGAUGACCAUUGAUGAAAUGGAGAGCGCUGCCAGUAAUCUGCUUAAUGGUAGUAUGGGCAACGGCAACACUGGAGGAACAGGGAACGGUGUCAGCUCGGACUCGCAUGACGUCACAGAUAUGAAGGACCACAGUAUCCGUGACUACAGUGAUGAGGAGCCAGACGUGGCUGUGAAAUGUGAAGAGGACCUAACAGACGAGAUGAUAUGCAUCACUUCACUAUAGCAGCGGCUCACACUGGAUUAUAUUUAGGGUUUUUUCCAAUUAAGUUUUUACUACUGCUUUAAAGUGAGGGGAUGUCUCUGUUCAAGUACAUCUUGCAAAAAACAGAAAAUGCAAAACAGGGAUGAAUACGAGAGCAAAGUGCCUUGUUUUCUCUUUCUGUGGAGUGGAGAACAGCAUAAACGGACAAAUGGCUGAGUUUAGGGAAAACUUCUGCUAAUAUUUAAACCUGAAGAAUCUGCUUGGCAGCCAGUCUCUUGUUAAACAGGAAUUCGGGACACUAACUGGAAGUUGCUUUCUGAUUUCUGAUUAUUAACAUCUGUUUUAUAUGGCUUGAAAGCUUGUAAAUUUAGUUUUUUUUUUUUUAAACAUUCAUUUAGGAUGAUGUACCUCAGCUUUAAUUUGAGCGUGUUUGCAUCCAUGCAGCAUUAGGAGAACAACACUGGAAUGUUCAGCUGCAAGAAGGCCAUAAAUCCUACACUGUUUACUUAAUAUGAAGAGCAAAUACAACAAAACAAUGUGCCACCUCUCUAAUCACCAGUAGACUGGAGCAUAUACACGUGUUGACACUAAUUUUUUUUUUUUUUUAACUAAAUAACUUCAGAAAACAUAGACGUCAGAGGCAAACCCCGGGGAGUGAGUGGUUUGAUCCUAGAGUUAAGCAAAAUGAAACCACAGCCAGAUGUCUUUAGCUCUUCAAUGAUUACUAAAAACUCCCUGAAUUUAGUUGAAUUUCAUGUAUAUAGGUUUUAAUUGGUCAAAGUAACAGCUGCUGAUUCUUCACAUUCUUAUAUCCUCACCUGCCUGAUGCAAAUUAUACCUACCACUUGAUAUUUACAUCAGGCUGAUGCAAAGCCAUCACAGCUGGUAUGUUUGAAUCGAGCUGCUGUAGGUUAAUAAUUCAGGACUUCAGGGUUAAACAUAGCUUGUCUCCAUUUUUGACUUGAAAAGGAAAUGACAUAUCAGUAAAAAAAAAAAACUUUGUCCUCAGGCAUAUCCUUCUAUUUCAUGUGUUCGCUGAAGUCCAUCCCUCUUUUAUUAAUAUUCUCAACAUCCCAAAAACAAACAUUUAGGAUAGUACAAUGUCAUAAACUGAAAACUGAUUUAACUUUUCUGCAAUUCAGAUUAUGCAAUUCUUCAUAUUACAUAAAUGUCCUUGACAUUAUGGAAAUACAUUUAUUCUAAGAAGAAAAAAAAAAAAAAAAAACUGUUGAUGUUUGUCCUGUAAUGUAAUACAGUACUCUCCCAUUGUUGCAUGAUACCUGAACUACUAAUAUAUUUUAAGGAAUUUCAGACACCUUCUUACAUAAUAAAUUUAUAUUUUCUAAUAAUUCCCACACAAAACAAAGAAAGAAAACAAUACCCAGGGUUCCUUUCAAGGUCACCUCAUCUCUCUGAGGUCAUAUUUCAUGGAACAGCUUCAAAGUGUUGCAAGAGUGCGGUUGAGGGGAAUUUCACUCAAACAGGUCUUUGCUUGUUUUUUAAAGGGAGAUUAUGAAGAUAAUAUAUGGGCUGUUCACGUCUACAUCUUGAGUCUUUAAAAUUUCACACAGUAAAACUCAAUUUACUUAUUUAUUUACAAAUACUUUGUGAUCUGUGCAAUCAAAGGGCUUCUUUAAAUGUAAAACCAAAAUGAUUGUUCACUGAGGACAGUUACACACACACUAUCAUUGCUAUACAUCUGGAUUAUAAGCAUAGUUACUAAAGUUGUUUAAAUGUGCACCAUUUUUUGUCUGAACACGAUUGACAGAAGCUACUGGAAGGACAUGUGUCUGUAUACAAUUACUAUCCACAUACACUGAACACAAUCACCCUUUCUCUUUCAAAGACUCACACCUAGACAGCUGUUUUGGGCCAACACAGAUGAUAAAAAAAGAUUUAUUUAUUUUCUAACAGGAUGCAAAUUCAGACUAGUUUUAUUCUAACUGUAUAGGGUGUCUCAGUGUGACAGGGAAACUGGCUACACUUGCAAGAAAGGAGAAAAUUAGAUUAACAGACUGGCUACCUCAAAUGUCCCAAAGUCCUGAGUAAAGGUUGCUUAAUAGUGGUCAGAUUAACUCUCUAAAAGCUUUUCCUUUUAACAAUACAUCACAGAUGGGUCAAUUAGUAACCAAUAUUAAUAAAAGAUAGAUAUCUUCCCUGUUUAGAAACUGGGUUUUUAUAAAAAUGCACCCAACAAUUCAGUUUACUGUAAAUAAUUCUAACAUGGAGACUAUAUUUUGAAAGGAGUUUAUGGAUUUCAGAAGCCAUAUUAAACACAUGCUGCAAGCAGAGAUUUACUGCAUUUCCCCAAUCAGGACACAGAGAGGAUGGAUGCAGAGUCAAAUCUAAGUAUUUAUGGAUGAUAUUGACUCCUUUCUAUACCAGCUGCAUUAUUACAAUAAAAAUAAAUAAGUUAAAAAGUCAUUUAGAAUAAUAAAGUGACUGGUUUACAGUUACUUCAAUUUCAUUGUAAAAAUCCAUUAGCAUUACACUACUAGUGCCAUCCCAAAAACUCAGUGACAUCCAGUAACACAGAACACAAUCACGUGUAGUAUAAUUAUCUAAAUACAUCAGCAUUUACUUUUAUCAAGACAUGAAAUGACAGAAAACUCAAAGCUCUGUUGUGCAACAGCUUUAUUUUUUUCUACUGUUCCACUAAUUUAUAGAUGUCUAUGAAAAGAUGAUGAUGUAUAAAUUCUGUACAGUGUUUGUAAAAAGUUAUGAACUUGAAGAUUUCUGCUAUCUAGCUGUUGUAGACAAAUUUUAAAAAUUAGCUCUAUUUACUUUGUAGCAUAAGUACUAGUACCUUAUAGAUUUUGUACCAAUUAAAGUAAAAAAAAAAAACAACCCGUUUUGUACAUUUGAACUUUUGCCAGGAAUUAUGGCAAACCUGCUGUUUUUUUUUCAUUUUUAAUGAUCACUGAAUAAAAUUCACGAGGACAAGGCCUGGACGGCUUGCUGACAAUAACUA